UGUACCAAGUUCUCACUUUUCACAGACCAACAGCACAACAGAGCAUCGAUCGAAUUACAGAUUACAGCGGAUCGUUAAAACAAGCAGCAAAUCCAUGGGAGUGGGCAUGAAGCGCGCGAGGGAGGAAGAGCCAGUUGUGUCGCUGGCGCUGUCGCUCAGCACAGACUCCUCGGCGACGUCCACCACGACGUCGGAGUCAGACAGCUCGACCGGUGCGCCGGCGAUGGUCCCCAGGAAGAGGGCGCGGCGAGGGAGAGCUGUGGCCACGUCCGGGGAGGGGGAGUUCGUGUGCAAGACUUGCGGGCGUGCCUCCGAGACGUUCCAGGUGCUCGGCGGGCACCGGACUAGCCACCUGCGCGGCCGCCAUGGGCUGGAGCUCGGCGUCGGCGUCGCCAGGGCCAUCAAGCAGCGGAAGCGGCAGGAGGACAAGCAGCACGACUGCCACAUCUGCGGGCUGGGCUUCGAGACGGGCCAGGCGCUGGGCGGGCACAUGCGGCGGCACCGCGAGGAGAUGGCACUCAGCAGCGCCAUGGACCGGUGGGUCGCGCUGUCGGGUCAAGAGGCUGGGCACCAGCACGCCGCCGACCGGCCGCCAGUCUUGCUCGAGCUGUUUGUCUAGUUAGCUAGCUCGAUCUCUCUGCUUGCUAAUUCAGGACUUGUGCAAAUCUUCAGAAUGGUACAUUAGGUUUAUGUUAAUUGUUUUUUUCAGAAUGAGAUAGCCUAAUUGUUCGAUAGAGUACGUUAUUGCUGGUUAGAGUUCUCGUUCAUGGAAUUUUGCUUUGGAUCGGUUCGUUUUCUUGACCGAUUGACUGGGGAUUUAUAUGCGCAUGUGCAUAGCUAAGCCAAAUUCUUUUGUUCUAAAUGCGAUGGACAGAAUCUUGUCCUCA